GUGUAUAUGUCAUAUAAAGCAAAUCAAAGCCGCAUCUGAACUCUCCAGUAAUCCGGAGACACUCCUUAGUCUGCGGCAGCGACAUGAAAGUGAUGAGGAAAAUGCUGGUUUGAAGUGGAACUCUAUGAAAUGAGGCUGUGAUUAAGGGCAGCAAUUAUUUCAUGUCCCAUCAGAGUGGUCUGGUUCUCCUACACCGGACACACCUACCUCCUCCCAUCCACACAUCUUAUAAGCCGGAGACGCAUCCCUGGUGCUCCGGCGCUGUGACAUAAGGACUGCGGAGACCGAUGAGGUGAAAUCCGGAUCUCAGGUUCCCUCCCAGCAUCAGGACGCCAUGCUACGUACCCUCAUCUUCCUCACCUGCUGCCUAUGUGCCGUGGAUACCCAGUUCCCCCGAGUCUGCGCCACUGAAGCCGCCUUUCGCACCAAGAGUUGUUGCCCACUGUGGAAGGACAGAAGCCCAUGUGGUUCCCUGUCAGGACGUGGAAAAUGCAUCAAUUGGGCUCAGUUGACAGGAAGGAAGGUCCCCCAGUACAACGAUGACCGUCUGGAUUGGCCAAGGCACUACUACGACAACACCUGUGAGUGCUAUGGGAACUUUAGCGGCUUUGACUGUGGUGAUUGCAGAUUCGGCCACCAUGGAGAGAAAUGUGACCGGAAAAAAGUGGUGCUGCGGCGCGAGCUCCGGGAACUGACAUUUUUGGAAAAAGAACGAUUAUUCAGCUACCUGGCUCUAGCCAAGACUACCAAAAGCAGAGACUUUGUGGUCCUGAGCACGGGAGACAGACACCACCGGGAGACCUAUCGCUUCGUGGACGCCUCUCUUUAUGAUGUGUUUGUUUGGAUGCAUUAUUAUUCCAUGAAAGCUAUCAUGAUAAAUAGCAAGUUUGAUCCUAAUAAGAACUAUGCUCAUCAAGGCCCUGUAUUCCCAGGCUGGCAUCGCCUAAAUCUCCUGUUCCUAGAGAGACAGAUCCAGCUGAUGACGGGAGAUGAGGACUUUGCGAUUCCAUACUAUGACUGGCGGGGGGAUAAGAACUGCUCCAUCUGUACCGAUGACCUAUUGGGAAGUAACGAUGCCCAAGGGGUCCUCAACCCGUCUUCUCACUUCUCUUUCUGGAAGUCCAUCUGCAGUGGGUACAACUUCCCGGAUGAAUACUGCCCAUUGGCUGACGCAGAGUUUAAGAUGGAGCGGCUGCACCGGAAACCGGGGACCACGCCGUACGCCCCCAAUCUUCCUACGUUUGAGGAUGUGGAAAAUACCCUGAAGUUAAAAAACUUUGACACCCCCCCAUUUAAUGAGACCUCCUUACUCAGCUUCAGAAACGCGCUGGAAGGCUUCCUGGACCCUGUCGGGGUGACCCUGAAACGCAGCAUGCAUAACCUGGUGCACAUAUACAUGGGGGGCACCAUGUCUCAAAUCCCGAUCUCCAGCAAUGAUCCCAUCUUCAUCCUACAUCACAGCUUUGUGGACAAGAUAUUUGAAACAUGGAUCGGCAGGUACAACGCUUCUCCAGAUACCUACCCUGAGAACAACGAGCUUGGCCAAGGCCCCAGUGACUGCGCCACUCCGUUCUUCCCCUGCUACAAGAACAAGGCUCUCAUCCGCAAGUCAACUGCAUUUGGAUACAAAUUCUCCCCCUACCACAAGAAAUGGUGACCGAUGCGCUGGCUCCGCUGGUGGCUGAUGGCUCCGCUGGUGGCUGCUGACUCCGCUGGUGGCUGCUGGCUCCGCUGGUGGCUGCUGGCUCCGCUGGUGGCUGGUGGCUCCGCUGGUGGCUGGUGGCUCCGCUGGUGGCUGCUGGCUCCGCUGGUGGCUGAUGGCUCCGCUGGUAGUCGCUGGCUCACAUUAUAUAAACUGGAGAAAAUUUUGUUCUGUUUUUUUUGUUUUAUUUUGUUACUGACAGAUAUUUUCCUGUAUUACACACCUUAUAUUGUUCAAAUAAAUACCAUCAGUGGCUC